AUGACUCGUACACUCGUUCUUCUCGCUGUCAUCGUUCUCAUCCUUGGAACUACAUUUGAUAUGGCUUCGGCUGGCUCAUGUGGAUGUCCAUGGAAUUCAGCGCGUUGUGAAGCCAAUUGCAUGGGCAAAAAUAUGGGAGCUAUAACUGGUUCAUGUCGAGGAAUUGGUUACGCAUCGUGCAAAUGCAAAGUGAAUGGAAGCUGGAAAUCUAUUGCUGGCAAAUGCCAGAACUAA